AUGAAUGUUUUUGCCCCUGUUACCGAGCUGUCAGAUGAGGAGGAGGUCGAGACACGCGCCGUGCCAACUCCGAAGCCGAAACCCGAGUCCAAGGCGAAGGGAAAACCAAAAGGCAAACCUAAGGCUGAGCCUAAGCCUAAGGUUAGUGUGAAGCCCAAAGCCAAACCCAGUCCCAGUCCAGUAGAACCUGAAGCAAGUGCAGAAGGUUCCGAUGCUGUUAUGAAAAAGCCAGCUGCAGCAAAAGAGAAGAAGACUCCAGAGAAGAAGACCGCAGAGAAGAAGACCCCAGAGAAGAAGACACCACCAGCUUCUUCCCCAAUGAAACGCCCAGCUGCAGCCAGUCCGAGCGCUGGUGAAUCAGGUGAGAAGAAGGGCAAGACCAUGAAGGUGUCAGCUGUUUACCAAUACAAAGCCACCGGUAAGUUCGCUUGCAAGCGCAAUGAGAAACAGAUCUUUCAGGUGGGUGGCCUCAAGUACCGAGAUCAAGACAAAUGCCGUGAGAUUGCUGUCAUUGCCCGUGACUACCUGCUCGAGGGCAAGUCCGAUGAAUUUGUGAAAGAUGUGGUGGAGACUUUGGAGGCUGAACUUGUGCUGCUCAAUGCAGCCGGUGGUCCUGAUGGCACCUUUAAUGCUCCUCCUUCCAGUGAGCAGCCAGAGAUCGUUGAGACCGAUGAGACCGUUGAGGUUGAGCAGCCUGCGGCUGAGGGAGGCGAGGAAGAGCUGAAGGAAGAGGAUCCGGAAAUUCCGGUUCCACCUUCCUUGGAUUUAGAUGCGGAAAUUCUUGCUGCUCGUGGCGGGAAGGGCCCUGUUGCACGGCCUCGCCCGGAAGAUAUCGACUGA